GGAAGAUUGAGUCAAGAACCGUGGGUGUUCGGGCUGAAGAGAUGCCCAAUAAUGGAUUAAGUUAAGUUUAAAGGGAACAAAAAGAGAAGAGAGAAGAGAAAAGAGAGAAAGAGGGAAAGAGAUGGGAAAGGGUAAGUUGGGAAGAUCAUGAAUGUGGAGAAUGGGAGAUUUCUUUUUUGUUUUUUUUUUUCCUUUCUGUCUCUCUCUCUAAUUCUUUUGAUUAUUUUAAUUCCUGUUGAUUUUCUUUUUCUUCUUUGCUUUUUUCUCAUUUCCUUAUCAACGGAAUUAGAGGUGAGUUCGUCUACAUGACGGGAGCUGUUCGCUCUGGCCAUUCGCGACCCACUCGGGAUGCGAUCUGAAGUACGAAACCGCGACGGGUUUAGCGGGAGCUGCACUCGGCGGCUGUCAUUCGAUGUCUUGG